GUUGGGUGUAGGUCACUGUGCUCACUGUCUCCACUGAACCGUGUCAUGAGGAAAUGUGAAGUUAGACCACAGCCUGGCUGGUGUGCAAACUACGAGGAUGUGAUCAGAUACUUUGCUGUCUCCGUGGUAACCAGAAGCUGACGCAACACCCCGCCCCCCUCCUCCCUCUUUUCUCAUUCAAAAACAAGUGGAAAGUAGGAGCAGCGCGAGCGAGCGCACAACUCUUUUCUUUCUUCACGCGCUUCUUCCUUUCCUUCGUCUUCAGAGCCAUACAAGCGACAAGCCAUGGACACAUUGCCACAGAUUAAUGUAAACAACAUCAGUAGCCUGGACUGUGAUAACCUGGAGGUUGCAACAGAUGACCAUUUAAGAAAUUUAAAGGCUUUGGCUGAGAGACUAAGACUACAGACCAGGAGACCCUCCUAUCAAGAGUGGAAGGACCAAGUAGAAGCUACCGGUGCCAAAGGACCAUCUGACCCAACAAAGUCCACUGUGUUAGGUGAAGGUGCAGGACAGGAACACACAGACAGGCCCGAAAGAAAUGAGCACAAGUUGGAUUUAACACAAGAAUGCAGCCUGACUUCAAGAAACCUGAAAGGGUUUGGGAAUAUUGAUGAAGCUCUCAUCUGGCUGAGGAAAGAACUGAAGGAGAUGCGUUUGCAGGACCAGCAGCUUGCCCGCCAGCUCAUGCGCCUACGCGGAGACAUCAACAAACUGAAGAUCGAGCAGACGUGCCACCUGCACCGACGAAUGCUCAACGAUGCCACGUUUGGCCUGGAGGAGCACGACGAGCUCUCUGAUCUUCUGUGCGAUAGUCCUGUUACACCUGGGUUUGGUCUGUCAGCACCUCUCCGACUGAUUGGGGUCACUAAGAUGAACAUAAACACGAGACGCUUCUCCCUCUGUUAGCCCAAAAGUAAACAAGUCACGUGUAUCCUGUCUUCAGUGUAAAAACAAGGAUCUUAUAUGUAAAUGUAUUAUAGUGCAAAAUAUUUUGUGACAUAUUUCGUAACGAAACAUGAACCUGUUAGCCGCUAUACUGCGCUCACUGUGUAAUUUGCUUUUAAUGUUUUCAUUGAUUUCUGCAUUGUAUGCAAUAUGUAUACAUCAUCUGUAUCAUUUUAAUUGCACAUCAAGCCUUAUAAGCUCGAUUAAGAAAAAAAUACUUGAACAAUUAUGGCACACAGAAUGUGGAAAAAGUAUGCUUUAAAACUUAUACUUCAUUUUGUAUUGGUUUGUACAUGCUAGAACAAAAUUUUCUACAGCCAUAAUUAUAGCAGAUACAGGAAAGAAUAAUCAUACAAAUUAUUACAAAUAGAAGAAGGAAUACGCCGUACCAGCUUGCCUUCCGCUGUUCAGUUUUCAUUUCAAUAACGUACUCAGAUUUGGCACAUAUGACAAAGUGUCUCAAAUCAGGACCUUAAUAAUUUAUCCAUGGAACAUUUAGUGCAAGAUUUCAUAAAAUAAAUAAUUUAAAUUUUAACAAAUAACUGAAUUUCAUAAAGAGUGUUUUCUAUCUGCUCUGUAUCUGAUAAAGGGUUUACACUGAAAGAUGUAAUACAGUUUAAAACUGUAUUGCUUGGAUGAAAGUUUUCAGUGCUUUGGUAUCCACUACUAUUACUUUAUUAUUUAUGUCCUACUGUAGUGUGGGAUCUAGAUUCUAGAUUAGUCUGAACAUUCUCAAUAUUAAGUAAACCAUUUACUCUACAGAUGUACUGCACAUUUACUAUGGUCUGUAGAGAACCCAAAUUAGGAGUAAAACAAGCUGUUCUAGGAAAACUAAUCACUGAGGUAUUCCUCUUU